AUGUUGCCAAAAUUAGCCGUGUACAUAAUGUGGCUACAGAUCCUGUAUCUUCUCACCGUUAACUCUGACGGUGCUGUCGUCAACAAUAAGAAGAGAAUCGUGGUCGAAGAGAACAAUGGAACUGCGGGGAAAGAGAUUAACGAAAAUGGAGCCGUGGGGAAAGAGAAUAACGAAAUGGUAAUACGAUAUCUGCAGAGAUACGGGUAUUUAAACGAGAAUUUUGAUAAGUUAGCGAACAGCGAGGACACAUUCGUUCUUCAACACGCAAUCAGCCUGUUUCAAGAGUAUUACAAAUUACCUGUUACCGGCAUGAUAAACAACGAAACUCUAAACCAGAUGAGUAAAGCGCGAUGCGGUCUACGCUCUAUCGCCAAUUUUGAAGAGGAGGGGCAAAAGAAAGAUACGCGUAGGUGGCCGAAAAAACAUCUAACGUGGAAUUUUCACUUGGCCAACAAACCGGUCUUGGAUACGACUCGGGCGCGGGCGGCGUUCGAUGUUUGGCAAGCGCAUUCGACGCUAACGUUUGAGCGUGACGUGGUAAGGCCAAAUAUUCUUCUAUCGUGGGGCGCGGCCCAUCACACUUUCGUCGAGCCGCGAAACGGUGAAGUUUGCACGAACCCUCUCGACGGUCCCGGUGGCACACUGGCUCACGCCUUCUAUCCUAAUGGAGCACCGGAUUACACGUCGGAGAUUCACGUCGACAAGACGGAACCGUGGUACAUACAUGUCGAGGUAGAUACGUGUCCAUCGGACAAAGCGUAUUUGUUAUACGUGUUGACCCACGAAAUCGGUCAUGCGCUAGGAUUAGAUCAUAGUACCAAUAAUGCGUCGAUAAUGUAUGCGUUCGCACCAGUAGACCCCCGUCCCGUUGUGCUCAGCAACGAAGACAUUAUAAAUAUACAGAAUCUGUAUGGCGCUACGGAUACCGAUGUGUCACCGAAAACGAAUCCCAUGCCGCCGCCAACACCACCGCCGCCUCGUCCAACACCAAACGCUCCACCGGAUCUAUGUGCCUUGAAACGCGUCGACGCGAUACUGUUGUUGGAGAGACGAAUUUAUAUAGCAUAUGGAAAACAUAUGGGCGAUCGACAUAGAUGGAAAGACCUACAGCGAACCUAUGCUGUCUAA